AUGGUUGGUCGCAUUCUAAGGAGUUUCGCCACCGGUAUACCAACAACCAGGAGUAGUGCUGCAAAACGUCUGGGUAACGCAAGGGAUACACCCCAGGCCACGGAAUACCCAUGCUGUAUUGCAAAUUGUUCAUCUGUUGUCAAGGGGGGUAUCUGUUCCGAUAGUUGUGCAAAACGAUACCAGCGGGAUUGCAGUGGCCUAAAGAAGAAAGCGUUGAUGCUCUACACAGAACACAGUGCUCAAGUGGAUGUGCACAGGUUGCGGCAAGAUACCCACGACGCCUGCAAGACAGCCGAGUACUCCGAAUAA